GCAGGCAGGGAGGCAGCACGCUGCGGGCGCCGGGGGCAGAUCCACCUGCAGGCUGCUGUCCCCAGUCAUGGUUCCGCGCUGCUGGUUCUGGUGGCGCUGGUCAGCGUGGCCUCGGACCCGGCCGCCUUUCGCUGGGAGCACCCCGACCCCAGGCUUACUCCAGCAGUUUUCUACACAAGAGAAGACUCCCCAGAUCUGUGUGGUGGGCAGUGGCCCAGCAGGCUUCUACACUGCCCAACAUUUGUUAAAGCACCACCCCCAGGCCCAGGUGGACAUCUAUGAGAAGCAGUUUGUGCCCUUUGGCCUAGUGCGCUUUGGUGUGGCACCUGACCACCCGGAGGUGAAGAAUGUCAUCAACACAUUUACCCAGACAGCCCACUCUGACCGCUGUGCCUUCUGGGGCAAUGUGGAGGUGGGCAGGGACGUGACAGUUCCCGAGCUGCAGGAGGCCUAUCACGCUGUGGUGCUGAGCUAUGGGGCAGAGGACCACCAGCCCCUGGGCAUCCCCGGGGAGGAGCUGCCAGGUGUGCUGUCAGCCCGGACCUUUGUGGGCUGGUACAAUGGACUUCCUGAGAACCGGGAGCUGACACCAGACCUGAGCUGUGACACAGUUGUGAUUCUGGGGCAGGGGAAUGUGGCUCUGGAUGUGGCCCGAAUCCUACUGACUCCGCCUGAGCACCUGGAGAGAACAGACAUCACAAAGGCAGCUCUGGAAGUACUGAGGCAGAGUCAGGUGAAAACGGUGUGGAUAGUGGGCCGGCGUGGACCCCUGCAAGUGGCCUUCACCAUUAAGGAACUUCGGGAGAUGAUUCAGUUACCAGGAACCCGGCCCAUUUUGGAUUCUGAAAAUUUCUUGGGCCUCCAGGACAGAAUCAAGGAGGUUCCCCGCCCAAGGAAGCGCCUGACGGAACUGUUGCUUCAAACGGCCACCCAGAAGCCAAGUGGGGAGGAGACUGCCCACCAGGCUUUGGCCUCCCGUGUCUGGGGCCUUCGAUUUUUCCGUAGCCCCCAGCAGGUACUGCCCUCACCAGAUGGGCGGCGGGUAGCAGGCAUUCGCCUGGCUGUCACUAGACUGGAGGGUGUUGGUGAGGCCACCCGGGCAGUGCCCACGGGGGACACAGAGGACCUCCCUUGUGGCCUGGUGCUGAGCAGCGUUGGGUAUAAGAGCCGCCCUAUUGACCCCAGUGUGCCCUUUGACCCCAAACUUGGGGUCAUUCCCAAUACAGAGGGCCGGGUUGUGGAUGUGCCAGGCCUCUACUGCAGUGGCUGGGUAAAAAGGGGACCCACAGGUGUCAUAGCCACAACCAUGAGUGACAGCUUCCUCACUGGUCAGACGCUGCUGCAGGACCUGAAGGCUGGAUUGCUCCCCUCUGGCCCCAGGCCUGGCUCUGUGGCCAUCCAGACCCUGCUCAGAAGUCGAGGGGUCCGGCCAGUCUCUUUCUCAGAUUGGGAGAAGCUGGAUGCUGAGGAGGUGGCCCGGGGCCAGGGCGCUGGGAAGCCCCGGGAGAAGCUGGUGGACCCAAGGGAGAUGCUGCAGUUGCUGGGGCAUUGAGCCCAGAUGCUGACCCCUGGUGGGGGGAGGGGCAGGCAGAGGCCCUAGGCCAAACAGGACUCUAGGUCCAAGUAGGACCCCAGCUGCAUCACUGUCUGCCCUGGCUCUCAGGCAUGGCUGCCUUCUCUUGUAAGAAGGUUGCCUUACCAUUGUGGGUUUAGCUUUCAGCAAGGAGGUAACUUUAGUUAGGGAUGGGUGGAGGUGCAGGCCAACCUUAUUCCUUCCCACCUCUCCUGAUGGACUAUGGAGGGUCACCAGAUUGGGAACAUGAUGGAAAUAAAACAGCUGCAACCAA